GGAGCUUUUCCCCAUCUGGGUUGGAUCCUUGGCCCCUGCUGUCACCUACACAACACUCCACGAGCUCUUCAGCAGAGCUGGGACGGUCUACAGCAUCAAGAUGCUGUUGGAACACCAGUGUGCCUUCGUGAACUACAUCAAAAAGGAAGACUGUGACAGAGCCAUACAGUGUAUUAAUGGAUUGGUGGUAGAGGGGGCCCCACUAUCUGUGCGAUAUCCCAAUAAGAUCCACACUGGACUGGGUGCGUCCAAAUUUGCCGCCACAGACUCGUUUUCACGACCCGGCCCGUUUUACAAGAAGGAGUGCUUUUUCUGGAGGACCACGGGCUGCACAAGGCAGGACUGCACCUUCAAACAUGUCCCAGAGCACAAGAACAUUGACAAGGACAAAUUUACCAGUAGACUGGGAAAUCUAGGAAUUCAGAAAUGACAAGCAUGCAUUGUUUCAUGUGACAUUUAAUAGUGAAGUUGCCAAACUGGGUUGCUUUCAGUCAUUCAUCUUGGUUUCAAAAAAAUAAUCAUUGUUUAGAUUUGUCAUUCUGCCGCUGCUACGUCAUACUACUGUGUCAUGGUAAACAUUUGUGUGCAUCAAGCUCCGAGCAUUCCUUAGUACUGUUAUUGUCAGGGAUUAUUUAAUCUGUUUAAAGAUUGUGUUAAUACACUUGAUGGUUUACUCUUGUAGUAUUGUUUUAAAAUUGAUUUAACAGAUAUUUUGUUUCAGUCACCACUAGGUGGCACUGUUACCUCUUUAUCCCUUAACUUUGGGGCUAUUAACUGUUCUGCUUUCAUUUUUAAAGCUGUAAUUGAUGAGUAGUAAGUCACAUUGAAUGUGCCAUGUUUAACUGUAAAACUGUGCCCUGUAUUUACAUCACUGGGGCAUUGGGUCUGUUUAAUGUGCAGGAUGACUAAUGGUUCAGUUCAUUAUGUGUAAUUUCUGUAAUGCCAUGUCUGUUGGAGAAUCUGUUUAAGUGUAGUGAUGUUUGUGUUCAAACAAUCAUACAAGAAGUGCCUUUUAGUAGCACUGUGGCUGCAGUUUAUCAUGGGUCAGUGCAGAGGGAAUUAAAGCCGCAACUUUGAGGGCGUUAAUAUCGGGCCAUGCACAUUAAUAUAUGUGGUACAAGACUGAAAACUUGGCGUAGGUGGAACAGUAUAGAUGGGCCUGGAUGUGACUCACUACAAAGAAUAAUAAAGUCAGCCUCAUGAGAAACUGCAUAAGGCUAAAGCACGAUUUGUGAGCAUGAUUAUUCAAGCCUGUAACUAGCAUGUAAUUUGGGAUAUCACUAUGAGGUCAGAGGAAGCUGUGAUUUGAGGAUGAGAGGCCUAGUGGUUUUUUUUUUUUUUUUUCGCUCUCCCAUCACCAGAUUAAUCCCAGCAGCAGCUGUGUAUCCUGUUGCAGUGUCCUUGAGUGAGAAAGCCCUCUGCGGUUGUCUUAGGUCAGCCUAAGUUAAGAGUAAAGAGCCAGUUAAAUGCCUGAACAGUAACUGUUGCCCCCAAGAUUUUUAUCUAAAGCGAGGUUCUUUUAAGCCGAAAAUACCUCACUUCAAUCUGCCGGACUGUGUCUCCUUGCCGUUAAUGUGGGUAGGAUUUGUGUAGAUCCCCCUUCGCUAAAGCCCAGCGGGUUUGUUACUUGACUCAAGCAGUUCAAGGUCACUUCUGUGACUCCGGUUAUGCAAUAUGUGGGGUGUGAAUUACAAAACCUUUCAAAAGAGCUGAAUAAUUGCCUAAAAAUGAGGUUGGCGUGGUGAAAAAAUGUUGAGGUAUUUAGCUGUGAAAAGUGCUUAGUCUUGGCCUUACCAUCAGAGCAGCUGUACUCGUGGGCAUUAAUUGGCUGAUGGUGGCAUACCUCACAAAGCCCUUUUGAUCUGUGUGAGAUUUGAGAGCAUGAAAGGCCUGUAAUACUAACAACAUGAACUCUGGUUGAACCCAUAUGCUGCACUGGGACGUGCAGGUGAUGCAUUCAACUUGCAGAAUAGGUCUAUAUUUAAUCUUAUUGGUCCGCUUGGCUUUGCCCUGCUUUGAAACCUGUGCAAAUGCAGAUAAAGACUCCAUACGAGGUCAGAGUUCACAAACCGGCUGGCAUCUACAUGCAGCCACUCCGGGCCUGCACAGAGCCAAUCCCUUACUUAACUAAAGCAAACACCAGAAAGAUUAAGUGCAUCUUGUUAAAAGGCUGCUUGGUUUGCAGAGCUUUUAACAGAUUUCUGUCUUUCCCUCCCUCCCAAUAGGGGGAAAAGGGAACAAGAAAACACGGUAACAGAAAUUAACCAGCAGACGUGACAUGUUGCUCUCCCACUCUUUGCUUUGUGAUAUAUGGCUAUGCAGCAAAAAUCCUCCUCACUCCCCCUCAAGAGAAGUUCUCAGUUUGAGUAAUUGAAUGCAUUGCUUUCAGCACAGGGAUACAUAAACUAAUUUUUAUUCUAAUUCUGUGGUUUCUCUCUGCUGGUAAAUAAACUAUUGAUGUGACGUGAGGGAGUAGCUGACUCAAGCUGUAUAUCAACAGUCUGAUUUGUUUCUCAGGAAGCCAAAAUAAAUGCUCCACUGCAGCUUUGCAGGCGCUCAGCUUUCGGGGCCUCUGCUGAAACUUCUGAAACAUAUCUGUGCUUGUUUUGGAGCAACACACUAAAGUCAUCUUUUGAACAUUGUCUUUUUUUUUUAAAGGCCCUGAAAAUGUGAUUAUUGUGGUCUUACAUGAGCAUGCACUUUUCUGCCGUUAGAACAGUUAUUUCACAGUAGAAAUGUCUGCCUGUGCUGUUAUGUCUGUGCUCUUUUCACUGGUUUAAAGGGUAUUUGUGUGCAAAAGUAAAGAUUUAGCAAUAUUCAAAUAAAUUACUGAAGAUUAGAAAGGUUUUUCAGUAUUUAAAUCUUAAAAAAUAAAAACUUUCAUUACAUUUAAUAAGAAAUAUUUACACUUACAGAGAAAUACUCAUAUUUGAAACAAAGUUUUCACAGGCUUUAAGCCUGAAGUCUGUGUUAAUACCAGACUAAUCUUUUUAUGUCAGUGUUUUUUUAACAUUUGAAAAGACACGUUUGCCGUUUCUUCAUCAGAGUUGUCGAAGUUCUGUCAAAUCUCUUAUAAAAAUGCACUUUCACUGUAAAGUAAUUUAAAAAGCGACCUAUAGUGAUCUUUAUUUUGUAAUUUAGAUGUAUAAUUUCGGACCAAAGAGUUGUGUCUGCAGAUUGUAAUUGAGUGUGAUAACUGAGCUCAACAAGCUGUUGUGAUGGUAGACUCUCACAAUGGGGAGGCAUCUGGUUCACUGCAGUCUCUCGUACCAACCCUUGCUGGAUUCCUUUGUUGCACUAUGAAAUGAAUACAGUAAUUGUCACAAUGAGAAAUUGACCUUCUCUUUAAUCUAGACAGAGGCCCCCUUAACAAGUUAAAAUAGCGCAAACCCAAUUAGGGAAUUGAUUGCUUGCUUUCAUUUUCCUCAUUUGCAUCAGGGUCAUAUAGGGAAGAUAAAUUAAUGUCUAGUCUUUUGUCCACACUGUCAUUCCUGGUUGUGGAGUAUCUAUUGCUAAGAAAUGAGCAGGAGAAAAAGUCUUUUGUCUACCGUUGACGAACUCAUCCCUGAUACUCUGCUGUUAAACACAUACAGAAAGAAAGACCUACAGAAGAUUAAAAAGUCCUCACUCUCUCUGUUGUACAAAUACAAACGCUUUCAUGGUAAUAGGAUAAUUUGAUGUAUCUUUCAAAGGGCAGUAUCAGUGUUGAUGCAUGUUUUAGCUCGUUCACAACCAUUCAGCAUAGGUACACUUUAUUGUCAGACAUAUGUAAUGGCCUAUUACAGGUUUUGAGCAUGAUUGUCAUGUUUAGUGGUUUCUAUUCAUUUCACAAUGAUUAAAAAAAAAAACUCCACAUGUUGAGACCGCAAGGAUACAUUAUUUUCAUUGUCAACAAAUAUGAAAAGGCCAUAACCAACAAUGCGUUGCUUCAUCUCUCAACACUUUCCUACUUCUCUACCCUGUCUGUGGCACUGAGCCCCAAGCACGCUGGUUCCUAAAAAAUAUGUAAAUCUUUAUACUUUAUACUCUUUAUACUAAAAAAGGCUCAGUAAUUUUCCUCAGACAGCUGGGAACUGUAGCAAACGCUUAUCAAAUAGAAGUAAAUCGUGCAUAUGUUGGGGACUGUUUCUAUUUUCAGCUGUGGAUUAAUACACAUUUGGUGCACUGGGAGUAUUUACAGCAGCAGGUUGGUGAAUGUGGGACUGAGUCAAAAUAAACGGUGCUCAUGUUCAUCUUAAAGGGGAACUCCACUGAUUUGUACAUAUCAAAGUCUGUUUACGGUUCUUGGGGAGUACUGCUGUAUGUGGAGGCGGGAAAAAAGUCGUAUAAAGCCUUUUGUUUGAAAAUACAAAUCUGCAGCUGAGGAGUUAGAAAGAAGUGAGUUUACCAGACCCCUGUAGCCUGCUCAUCUCUGCUUGAGGCUACAUGCCACUACUAGCUUAACAUCUGAAUUUCCAACUGAACUGUCUGCACUUGCAUUGUGGGUAAUCUGGUGUCAGGUUUUGACAGGGAAGAAGAAUGCGUGGAAUAAAAUCUGAUUCAACAACUACUUUUAAUUGACAACAAUGGAGCUCAGUGACACAGAGGGAUAAGAUGUAUCAUGCCUUGACCUUAAAUACUUGUCAGUAGAAUCAAUUGAUUUUUGGUUUUGAUCCUUUCAUGGGAUUUGUUUACAAAAAGAAAAAUCUAGAAUAUGUCCAGACUGCAAAGAAGGAAGAAACAUUUCAAACCAUUACAAAUGAUGAUUACAUUAGUUUUAGUUGAGGUUAGCAUAAAAACACUGUUAUGGCCCUUUAUAACAUUUUUUCACUUUUCUGUACAUACAGUAUGUUCACUUAAACUGUAAGUGCAUCCAUAAUGUAAAGUCCUGUUUCUUUACAUGUGAAUAAAUGACUGAAGUGUG